CCUAGACUUGUACAGGAGACUGAUAGUGUACUGACAAGCGGCCGGCGAAAGCCUAAAAAUGGCAACGAUCAAAAUGGGAUUAAUUGGAAGUAGGCCUACGCUUAAACGAUAUUCCCUAAUCGUACAAGUUGGAGUAGGCUUAUUGUUUUUAGCAGGGCAUUGGACGCCGGUAUAUAGUCAGAGUCAGACAUACCAAGGCCUAGUGAGCGAGGGAAAGCAUUUUUCUGAACUGGUCUAUGUUUCACCACAUAAUGCGUCCGAGGCUAUCAGAGUCACUGCAAGCAGCCAGAAUGCAGACACAACUUAUCCUGUCUUAUUUGUGGUCAGACAACAGAAGAGUGUUCUCUCCUGGGCUGUACCUUUCAUUAUACAGUCAAUGUAUGUAUAUGAUGAAGUGAGUCACACACUUUGCCCUGAGAAUGGGUUUAGUCCUACUGCAGCUCAUAACAUCAGCAUCGAUGUCACCACAGCUUCUGUUAAGCCUGUUAAUUUCACAUUGACAGUUACAAUGAUGGAUGAUUUUGAACUCAGGACUCAUGUGCCUAAAACAGUUGUGGUUAGCCCAUCAAACCCAAAGUACUACGUGUACAAAUUCCCAGACGAUGCUGACUUCAUGACAGUCCAAGCGACCUCCACAUCUGAAAUAUGUACUGUCAUCUCUGUUCAGCCUGCUCAGUGCCCUGUGUAUGAUCAGCAUCGCAAUGUUGAGUUUGUUGGUCAGUUUCAAACAGUAACAAAGCAAGGGGCUAUCACAGUGCAGAAAAAGAAAUAUCCAAGUGGUUAUUUCUUUGUAGUUGCAGUGGUGCAGCCAACAGAUAAAGAUUGUCUAGGGCAAACUAUAGAGUAUGUGCCACUGCAAAACAUGUCUUCACAGGAUGUGUUGGAGAUUGCCAAAAACCGAAGCAAAGAGAUAACAAUUUCUGUGGAUACAAUUUUACCAUUGUCGGAAUACUGGAAACCAAUUGUGGCCACUGUUGGUGUUUUAUUGGUUUUCUAUGUGAUAGCUGGAAUCAUCAUACUUGUGCAGUGUAAGAGGAGAAAGGAACAACAUUCUGAGCAUCUUGAAGAGCAAGUCCAUAUAUUAGGUGAAGAAGAGAAUAGCAACGAUGUUCCUUUUGCACAAAACCAACCUGCAGCAACUUCAAACUAUGGCACAACGGGAAAAGAUUCUGGUAAUUCAGCAGUGAGGAGUCGUCCUUUGAACAAAUUAUCAACAAAUGAGGCUGAUCCAGAUGAAGAUGACAUUGAUAUGUUGGAAGAUAUGAAUGAGGAAAAGGAAAUCUAUAGGACCAAGAUGUCUGUUUGUGUUGCUGAUCUUGCUCGGAAGAAACCCAAAACCCUGGACCGCAAGUACAAGCUUUACUAUUGGAACAUUCUAACUAUUGCCGUGUUUUACUCUUUGCCAGCCGUCCAGCUUGUGAUGACAUAUCAAGCAGUACUGAACAUGUCAGGAAAUGAAGACAUGUGCUACUAUAACUUCCUGUGUGCCAUGCCAUGUGGACUGCUCAGUGCUUUCAACAAUGUGUUCAGUAACAUUGGCUAUGUCAUGUUGGGCUUCCUGUACUUGUUGAUUGUGUCGAGAAAACACCAUAUUCACAAACAAGCUGUGGCGUCAGGCUGUGAGAAGUCCAAGACUUGUGGCAUACCUAAGCACUUUGGUAUGUUUUAUGCGUUGGGUAUAGCUCUAGUCAUGGAGGGUGUACUGAGUGGCAGUUACCAUGUGUGUCCUAACUACUCUAACUUUCAAUUUGAUACAGCCUUCAUGUACAUCAUUGCCGGCCUUGGCAUGUUGGUGUUGUAUCAACAGAGGCAUCCUGAUGUCAAUGCCAAUGCUUAUGCAGCAUUUGCCACCUUUGCUGCUGUCAUCUUCAUUGCUUUUAUGGGAGUGGUGUUUGUGUCUGUGUACUUCUAUGUUGUCUUUGCUGUGCUUCACAUCAUCACCUGUUUAGCCGUGAGUGCACAAAUGUACUACAUGGGAACCUGGAAAAUAGAUUUGGGCAUGUUCAAAAGGGCCGCGAUAAUAUUUCGCACUGAACUCUGCAAGUGUGCCCGACCUGUUUAUAUUGACCGAAUGAUUGUACUCAUCAUAGGAAAUGCUGUCAAUUGGUCAAUAACAAUCUACGGCCUUGUCAAGAUGCCCAAAGAUUUUAAUUCAUACCUGUUGGCAAUUUUCCUUGUCAAUCUGUUGCUUUAUGUGGCAUUUUACAUCAUUAUGAAGGUUCGAAAUGGAGAAAAGUUAAUACCUGCAGUUGUUGUCAUUAUUAUAUUAGCACUUGUGAUUUGGGGUCUGGCACUUAACUUCUACUUCAUGGGACUCACUGGAUGGGAGAAGACCGCUGCUUUGUCUCGCGAAAGUAAUGCUCCAUGCCUGGUGAUGGGUUUCUAUGAUGGCCAUGAUGUUUGGCAUAUCUUGUCAGCUGCAGCUCUUUUUCUCUCCUUUUUGUUGGUACUUCUGAUGGACGAGGAUCUGGAGGGGAAAGAUAGAACGAAAAUACCUGUGUUUUGAAAGUCUAUCUUUUGGGGCUUGGGACACCAACAGUUAUUCCCUUUACUGAGUACUUUUCAACACAAUUUACAUAUACCUUCCGAAAAUUGUUAUAAACUGCUUCAUGUUUGACAGAGCCUAAUUGAUAAACUGUAUACACAGGAAAUAGUAAAAAAGUUCAAAUAUAUAAGCAGCUUAACUCUCAGAUUUCCUUGUGUUUAAGAACAAGGAUCAUGCAACCAAAGUCAUUUAAAAUCUUGUUAAAAUCUUGCUCUUAAGGCCUCUAAAAGUUGCAUGAUUAUUUUGUAAGAGUUUUGGUUAUGCUUGCCCCAAAUAAUCUCUGAAGUAUUUAGGUUAUUUAAGUACAUCAUUAAGGCCCUAGACUCUUUUGAAAUGACUUUGACAAAUUUGGAAUAAUCAAGCUGAGGCAUUCAACUUUAUCAAUUAGAAUGACAAGGUCACACUUCACUGUUGACUAGAUGGUUCUGAUUGAACUCACCCAAAGCUGUGUCAGGAAGUAACUGCAAUAAACAUGGCCAACAACGUAGAAAUUAACAGAAUGGUCAAUUCCGGCUACAAAUGUGAUAUGACGUUAGAGUUGUACUUAACUUUAAAAUAUUAAAUCUAAAGCCCAAAAAUAAGAAAUCAAUAUUUUGGGUGGAUUUGUGGUGGUGCAAUGUGUGGCAAUGUGUGACAAGGAUUGGACCUUCCUGAAAAGACUUAAAGAAUAUCUUUCUGAAAUUUCUGUUGUAUACACAACAUAUAUAUUUACUCUCGGCAAAUACGGCUGCCAUAAUUGCAUGUAUCAUUUUAUUGUUAUAACCCUUUUCCAGGGUUCAUAUCUGUGGAAUAUGACAGAACAUAAUGUAUUGAUUUUUAGAUUAGAACACUGUACAAAUCAAUAAAUGACUAUAAACAAAA